GAAUUAUCAUACACAUCACAACUUGGUUUCCUUAAUCUCAAUUCUUCAAAGCAAUUAGAAAAAUAAUUAGACAAAAGACUAUGGAGAAGUUAGCUCACGUGGUUGCUUUCUUGCUUCUUGCAUCUCUCUUUCAACCUCUCAUGUCUCAGUCCGAUGGUUGCCCAGGAGUGAAAAAGGAGACAUGGCCAGAACUUCUUGGGGUACCAGCCAAGUUAGCAAGGGAAACAAUUCAAAGGGAAGAACCAACACUAACUAAUGUUCAAACUGUACUGAAUGGGAGAUUUGUGACACAAGAUUUUAGAUGUGAUCGAGUUCGUCUUUGGGUUAAUGUGUUGGACUUUGUCGUACAAACUCCCCGGGUUGGUUGAGGGAAAAAUAUUUACCCGCAUUAAUUAAGAAAAUAAAUUCUAGCCAUAUGGUUAAUGUCUUCAUGUAUUAAUCCAUUAUUUGGUGAUAAAUAAAUGUGGCUUUUACAUGUUACUAUCA